AUGCUUCAAGAGGCAGAGGAGCCUUCUGAAUUCGAUUUGAAUGCCAAAGUGCAGGAUGAGGAGCAGCAUGACGAGCGCCCCCCUCCUACUGGCACCAUAGAUGCACGAGUCCAGAGCCCGGCUCUCCCUUUGCUAGCUCUGCCCACUGUCCACUUUGACGGUGAGGGCCCAGUGAUCCUCCGGUCCAACACAGACCCUGGCUUCCUCUCCGUGGCCCCGUUGGAGCCUUUGGAGCCUUUGGACCCUUUGGAGUCGGAGGAAGUCGAUGGCAAAGGCGCAGAGCUCGAGAAAGGUCCGAGUCCGAGUCCGAUGGCGCUCUCCAGAGAGUCGCUGGAGGUGCCGAUUGCAACGGCGCUUGAGAUAAUUCAAGCUGUGAAGCCAGAAGAGACCUCUUUGGAGUAUGGUGAGGCCUUGUCUGCCUUGGACACCUACACCAAGGGGCAGACUGCGGACACGCACGCCCAGCAGCAGUUUCGUGCCAACUUGCACGCUGCCUUCCGCGUGGGUUGGUGGACGGUGCUCUUGUCGCUGCCCAUCAUCGCGUGGCCGGUGGCGGCCUGGCUCCAGGAAACCGGGAAGAUGGAGAAUGAGUACCUAGGAUACUGGGGCUCCAUGCUGCUUCAGUUCCUCUUUUGCGUGGGCCCCACCUUGGGCGCCUCGGUGAAGUACGGUUUGGACGGUUUGCUGGGGACCGUUCUGGCCUGGGCCAAUAUGCUGUUGCUGAACAACGUCACCGGGGACUGGAUGUCGGGGGGCGCCUAUACGGACCGCAUCGAGUUUUUCGACAACACCACGCAGUCCCUGGUGGUCACCUCCAAGUGGUUUCCGCUGUGUGGAAAUGGCAAGGACCUGAGCUACAACAACUGCAUCCUGAACGUCAACGCGGAUCUGGGCCACGAGGCCCAGUUCGGCAAGGCCGCGGUGGUGCUGCUGGACUUCGUGAUCUUCGUGUUUCUGAUCCUCUUCCUGGGCUUCAACACGAAUGUUCGAACCUUCAGCAUCUCCACCCAUGUCUACUUUGCCAUGACCUUCUUGAAUCCCGUCACGGGAUCCUUCGACAUCUCCCCGUCACUUGCGACGAAUUACCUGGGCAUCGUGGUGUGCUCCUCUUUGGCGCUUUGGAUCUGCUUCCUCUUCCCCGCCCCGAUCACGUCCCGCGCCCGCGCGCGCGCGUUGCUGGAGACCACGGGCUCCGCGGUGGCGAUGCUGCUGGAGGCGCUGCCGCUGACGCCCUCGGAGCUGUGCAGGGCCAAGGCGCAGGCGGCCGUGGAGGAGAUGGCGACCCUCAUGAAGGACCUGGACUUCCACUUGGCUAUGAUGUGGUUCGAGGACUUCGGGAUUUUGCAAAGGCGCGCCAGGUACCGGCGCUGGCUGCAGAGCUAUGCCGAGGUACUGAAGGCCUCGAUCCGGAACUGCGAUGCGGUGCUUUGUGCCGCUGCUGCUUUGCCGCUGAAGGAGUCCGAGCAGCUGGCGGCCCUGCUGCCUUCGCUUCGGCACGAGUGCGUGCUUCUGGCGAGCACCUUGCGGGCGCUUCUGGCGGUGAAGACGCCGGAUGAAGUGAAGCCGGUGGUGCACGUCUUGUUGGAGAAGCGUCAGGCGCUGCGAGAGCAGCUUUCCGGGGAGUUUGAGAAAGGACAACGCGCAGAAAAUCUGCUGCUGCCACCCGGAUUGGUCUUCGUCUUGGCAGUGACUGGUGUGUUGCAGGAUACCUGUGAAGCACUAUCUUCCCUGACGCUGUAUGACUCUGAAGAGCAACGUCGGUCUUGCUGCCAAAGGAUUGCGCGCUACGUUGCCUCCAUGCAGAGCCAUAUGGAGUUCAAGCUCUAUGAGCGGAGCAUCACUCACCCGCGCUUUGUGCUGCGGCACACCAUCUCUCUGACCCUCACCUUCAUCAUAGGCUGGCUGGGCGUUUCGAACGUCAUUGCGCCCUACUCCUCCCAGCCUGCAGUGGUGGUGAGCGUGAUUAUCUACACCUAUACGGGUUCCAGCAUUCCUUUGACGCUGAAACGAUUGAACGGAGUAGUCUUGGGCAACGUCAUGGGCAGCAUGGCCCAGCGGUUGUUCGCCGUGCAAACAGUUGGCCAUGCGACUUGCUUCGCAAUCUUCCAGCUGGUCACUGUGACUUUGCUGAUCUUUCUGGCUUUCCACUCCAAGCAGCAUGGAGGUGUCGCUCUUUUGACGGCCGCCUACGCCAUGUCCACGGCCAUGCCUGUGGACGGCAUGUUCCGGGAGAGGGAGGUGAAGCUCACGGACUCCGACGGGAGCUUUUUGUUCUCCAAGGUUACCGGCACCUUCAUCGGCGUGGCGGUCUUGCUGUUGGUCGACUUCCUGCUGGGCUCGAGUGCUCGGCGUCAGGCAAAGCAGAGGUUGCUCCGCAGCGUGGGGCGGGUUUCUGCGUUCAUUGGCCAAGUGCUGGAUCCCGCAGACCAGCAGAGGGAUGAUGUUGAAAAAGGUGAAGAGGAUGAUGCUGCCGAUGUGGCCGCGAAGCUGCAAGCCGGGAUCUACGACGACUUAGACGAGUUGGUCGCCUUGUUGACCUACGCUUCAGAUGAGCCCAGUUUUGAUGGGCGCCCUUUUCCCACAGAUCUGUUCAAGAACUUGGAGAAAGGGCUCCGGAUCAUCGCGCGGCACUUUCGGAUAGUACAGUGGGCCAUUCAAAUCUUGGAGAAGCCACAGAAGCGCAUGGUCCUGCGUGCAGGAUCCAGGAUCUUCAAGGCAUUGACGCCAAGUGCGAAAGCAGAGCCGGUGCUGCGCACGGAGUUGUUCCGGCCGAUUUUGGCCACUUUGGCCUCAGAGAUGCAACUCAUGCUGGAGAAUAUCCGCGUGAUCGCGUCUGGCAUGGUGUGGUCGCAGCCUUGGAGCGCCAAGCAGGAGAGACAAGAUGCGGAGCGGGUCAAGGAGCUUCUGAGAAACAAGUUGUACACCAAGACGGUGAGCAAUGCUUUCUGCCGCAUUGCUCGCUCACCUUGGCGGACGGCUUGGAAAGUCGCCAGGGCGGAACAGGAGUCCACAAAUGUGGCAACGGUCCGAGUGGGCCUGGAACACCUGGGUCUGGACGAUUUAAUCAGUCCGUCGCCCCUGUUGCCGGAUGAGGAUUUUCAAUCGCAUCCAAGUCCGUCGACUCGACUACGGCGCAGCGCCUCCAACCCCCUCCUGGAGGACCCGGUGACUGCCAGUCCGUCAAGGGCCAAGGCCCUGCUGAAUGUCACUAAGACAGGAGCAGAGAAGAUUCGGAAGCAGAAGCGGGCCCUGCAGAAGUUCGCCCAUCAGCUCCGAAAGGAAUCCUUGGAGGAGGAAGCGCCAGUAAUUCACUUACCUUUGCCUCCCGUGACCUCUUUGGAGAAGGGUGGUGCAAAAGAGGGGGUCGCGGAUAGCUUUGCACUCCGUCUCUUGCUGAUCUUCGACCGGUUGCGAGAGGCGGCUGCUAUGCGUAGGAACAAUUUGCCGGAGAGCGACGCCAUGUCGACUCUGGAGCUCAUGAUCUUUUUCCUCGGGUCCGUGCAGACGCAGAUUCAGCACAUGCAAGUGAACUUGUUGGAGUACAGAAUGGCCUCCUUCAGCGACCAGGAAUGGAUGAAGGUGGAAGACGUGCGGGACUCGCGGGCAUCCACAGGACGGCUGUCAUCCAGGUCUACUCAUGGAGAUGGAGGACGAUCGACGUCGUACCGCAAGUCCUAUGAGAAUGGCCGUGAUGAAGGUCGUCGCUCAGACCGCAAGUCCAACAACCUUGGCCGAGAUGACAGGGAUGAGCUGCACCGCUCGAGCCGCAAGUCCCGUGAUGAAGGUGAGCGGCGCUCCCUGAGCAGACGCGACGAAGGCGCCGAGUCCGAGGCUUCGACCGAGACUCUGGUCUAUGUGGAAGAAGAGCAGGAAUGGAAGGCAGCUGCAGAGGUGUUCAGAGGGAAGUCCGGCGACUUAGGUGACACGCGCCGUUCCACCAGGAAGUCCCAUGGCUACCCGGAAGGCGAGUCCCGCCAAUCCUUGGCGAGCCGCGCGUCUUGCGCUCGUGGGGAUUGUUGCAGUGAUGAUGGGCGCCGCUCCGUCCCCAAUCGCAAGUCCUACAAUCUUGGCUGCGAUGAAGGCGACGUGCGCCGCUCUGUGGCCAGCCGAAAGUCGUAUGACAUUCGUGAUGACGAAGGCGACGUGCGCCGCUCUGUGGCCAACCGGAAGUCGUAUGACAUUCGUGAUGACGAAGGCGACGUGCGCCGCUCUGUGGCCAGCCGGAAGUCUUAUGACGUUCGUGAUGAUGAAGGCGACGCGCGCCGCUCUCUGGCCAGCCGGAAGUCGUAUGACGAUCGUGAUGACGGAGGCGACGUGCGCCGCUCUCUGGCCAUCCGGAAAUCAUAUGACGUUCGUGAUGACGAAGGCGACGCGCGCCGCUCUCUGGCCAGCCGGAAGUCGUAUGACGUUCGUGAUGACGAAGGCGACGCUCGCCGCUCCGUUGCCAGCCGGAAAUCGUACGACGUUCGCGAUGACGAAGGUGAUGGGCGCCGCUCAGUGUCCAAUCGCAAGUCCUACGAUCUUGGUCGUGAUGACGAAGGUGACGCGCGCCGCUCUCUGGCCAGCCGGAAGUCGUUUGACGUUCGCGAUGACGAAGGCGACGCUCGCCGCUCCGUUGCCAGCCGGAAAUCGUACGACGUUCGCGAUGACGAAGGCGAGUCACGCCGCUCCAUUGCCAACCGAAAAUCACUGGAUGUCCGCGAUGAGGAAGGCGAUGCUCGCCGCUCUCUGGCCAGCCGGAAGUCGUAUGACGUUCGCGAUGACGAAGGCGAGUCCCGCCGCUCCUUGGCGAACCGCACGUCUUACGCGGAAUGCGAGCGCCGCUCCACGAACCGCGCGUCCAAGGAUGAAGGCUUUCCCGAGCGCCGAUCCAGGGGCUCGCGGAUGCUCUCUCAGCCCCCGCCCGAGAUCGAUUCCUCCGAGUCUGAGAUCUACACCGGGGCCAGGGAGGGCUUCCAGCGCAAGUCGCAGGUCAGAGGGUCGACGCCAAGAGCCGGGAACCUCACCCUGGAGUUGGAUGCGGACAGCCCCGAGCAGAUGAAGUCCAUCAUCUGGAAGUUCUCGGAUCACGGUGCCUGCGUCAAGGUGCUCAACAAGAACUGCCCUCAGGCCUCGCCAGAAGAUAUUCGACCUGGAGACGUCCUCGCCUUCAUCAACGAGGAGUACGUGCUGGGAGAAGCCAAGGCCUUCAUCCAGAGGACUUGGAAGGAAGAGCAGCAGGAGAAGCGUUUUCUCACACUUCGCUUCAAGCUGGAUCGCGAGGUGUGA